UUUCAAUGCUGAAAUACAGGUUCAGACGGAGCCCUGUUUCAGUGGGCGGGAACGACAGUCGCUAAGCAGAUGCCAACCCCUUUCACAUUUCCGUGAUAUCUGGCAUGUAAUCGUAAACUAGGAAGUUCUGCAUGUACAGCUGAAACACCGGUGCAAGACAAAAAUGAGUGAAAUAAAACAAGAAGAAUUAAACCCAACAAAUCAAAAGGUAGCAAAAGCAGAUGAAACAGACUGGGCUGCAGCGAAAGCGCACUAUGAAAACUUGAAAUCGAAGAAACCGAGACCCCCUAAACCAAUAAAUGCAGUUACAAUCGCAGUUUCGUCUCGGACCUUAUUUGAUAUGGUGAAGGAGAGGAAGGUAUUUGAGGAAGAAGGGCUGGAGAAGUAUGUGGAAUAUCAGCAAGAACACGAGAAUGAGCCGCUUCAACCCGGUUCUGCUUUCCCCUUUGUUAAGGCACUGAUGACCGUAAAUGAACGGCUCAGAACUCUCUAUCCAGACAGUGAAGAGCUGUUUGACAUCGUUCUCAUGACAAAUAACCAUGCCCAGGUUGGGGUGCGACUCAUGAACAGUAUAAAUCACUAUGAUCUGACCAUAGAACGCUUCUGCAUGACUGGAGGUCAAAGCCCAAUCGGCUACCUCAAGGCCUACAUGACUAACCUGUAUCUCUCAAAAGACACCAAGAAAGUCCAGGAGGCCAUUGAGGAGGGUAUAGCAGCAGCUAUCAUGUACAAGCCUGAUAUGUCAAUGGAGCUCUCCGAGACUCAACUGCGUGUGGCCUUCGAUGGGGACGCUGUGCUUUUCUCUGAUGAGUCCGAGAUCAUUGUUAAGCAGCAUGGCCUGGACACAUUCUUUGAGCAUGAAAAGCAGCAUGAGAAUCUUCCACUUGCUCAGGGUCCGCUUAAGUGUUUUCUAGAGGCGCUUGGGAAGCUUCAGAAAAAAAUCUAUGCCAAGAAUGAACGACUGGCCUGCCCUAUUCGUACGUUUUUGGUGACGGCCAGAAGUGCAGCAAGCUCAGGGGCUCGUGUGCUUAAGACGCUUAGAAGCUGGGGUCUGGAGAUUGAUGAGGCUUUGUUCCUUGCUGGGGCCCCUAAAGGGCCACUGCUGCAAAAGAUUCGCCCACACAUCUUCUUUGAUGACCAGAUGUUCCACAUUGAGGGUGCCAAGGAGAUGGGCACUAUUUCUGCACAUGUGCCAUAUGGUAUAGGACAGAAAUAUAACAAAGGGAAACUGAUUGAACAACCAGAAAAACAGCAAAAAUGAGAGAUUAUGCUAACACUUUAUUUUACGGUGCCUUUGUAACACGUAACAUGUAUUUACUUUAAAUUAUGCAUAGUUACAUGAAACUAACCCUGAAUCAAACUCUUACCCUAACCCUAUAGUAAGUACAUUUAGUUAUUUUUUUAACUUAAAAGUAUAAUUACAAUGUAACAUGGGCACUGUAAAAUAAAGUGUAACCGAGAUUACUCUUCAGCUGUUACAGGUCAUCCUUUAAUUACAAAUGUGGUUCAUUACAAUAUUAGAUGUAUUAAGUAUUUGAACAAUUAUAGAAUGUAUGCAUAGAUAAGGGUGUUGGAUUUGCAAGAGGAGGAAAACAUUUUUUGUGUCCUUGCAAAGUUUUUCGAAUUCUUUACUACUGUAUGCCUAUGUAUCUGUCUGUCUAUCUAUCUAUGGAAUAUUUAAGACACUUUUCAAUUGUGUGUGUUUACAUUAGUCAAAAUGUAUUUAAAUGAUUAAUUUUAAAUAUACUGUAAAAACUUUUAAGACUUUUAAGGAACUUUAGAGUUUCUUUAGGAGCAAAAAAAAUGGAUGAAACACAAAAAGUGAGAAGAAAUGUGUUGAAAUGCAUGACAAUUUCCAUAUUACUUUAAAGGUUUAUCAGAUUUGUAUUAUUGUUUUUGUGUGUGUUCAACUUUGUUUUUUCUUGGAUUUUUUGUAUUGCUGCUUUGAUGCAUGCAAAUUGUAAAUGCCCUAUAUAACAUUAAAUUACAUUGAAUUUAACGACAGUGAGCUAAUAGACACAACACAUUAAAUUGUUCAGGGUUAAUGUUUGUGACCGAUCCUAUUAGAGACACGCUAACAUCUCCAAGACAGCGCAGAAAUGCCAUAGCGCCAGAAAUAGAAGAUAUCACUACAUUUACAUAUUUAGCAACUAGAGAAAUACAGCUAUACGGUGGAGAUGAUUUGGUACUGUCACAACCUUCUUUAGUGAUGACACAAACAAUUAAAGCACUUACAGAAACCUAUUGUGUCACCGUUCGUUUUCUAUCAAUUACGUUGACAUUAACAGCAUGGUAGAUAAAAAAUAAAGAAAAUACAGUA